UUCGCUUUGAAUUCAACACCCACAUCGACUUCCACACCUCAUCUCAUCUCUCGAUUGAUACAGCCUACGCACUCCCUCUUCUUUGCCUGAGGGGCCUGUUAUCGUCUGACCAUGCCGGCUCCACUGGUCAAGGUCCUGCAUAGGAUGCAGGAACUCUUCACAAACAUUGUGGCCGCUCUGGAGGCAAUGCUAUUGUUCCCUUCCCUUUUUCGCGACCCCACCCGUAAGCGGCGGAAGCCUUUCCAUGGAGCGUACUGGCGACGUCGGACUCUUGAUGCAUUCGCUGACGAAGUGGACCACCUUUUCACGGCGCCAUUGUCUGUGCAAAACAUGGUCGCAAUGUCGGACAAGAUCCGCGCACAGUUCAGAACUAGUCUACAGUCCAACCCGGUCUGCAUGCUGCCUUCCUACAACCAUGCACUGCCCUCGGGGACUGAAAAAGGCACGUAUCUGGCCCUGGAUGUGGGUGGAUCAACGCUCCGGGUGGCUUUGGUUGAACUCCGCGGACAAGGGGACAUGCACAUCCUUCAUGUCGCAUCGUCAUACAUUGACAAUGAAGUGAAGCUGCUGGAGGGGACGUUGUUCUUUGAUUGGAUGGCGGAGAAGAUCGACUCGAUGCUACAUGAAGUUGGUGCCAACUACGGUCGAGAGGCCAUACCCCUCUCGAUCGGCUUGUCAUGGUCAUUUCCAAUUGAGCAAACCUCUGCGAGCAGUGGUCUAGUCAUCCACAUGGGCAAGGGAUUCCAUUGCUCGAAUGGGACGGUUGGUCUGGAACUGGGAGACCUCAUCGUCCAGGCUUGUCGGAAGCGCGACAUCAAUGUACAGGUGGAUGGUAUCGUGAACGACAGCUCGGCAACCCUCCUAUCCCGGGCCUAUAUCGACCCUAAGACGCGAAUGUCUCUGAUAUUAGGAACUGGGACCAAUGUGGCCAUUCAUUUCCCGGUGCACGAGAUCGGAUUGACCAAGUUCGGCGCCAGACCCCCGGGUUGGUUCGACUAUGCGAAACAUGUCAUCAUCAACAGCGAGAUGAGCAUGUUCGGCGGGGGCAUUCUGCCAAGGACUCGCUGGGACGAGCUUCUCAACCGUACGCACCUGCGACCCGACUAUCAGCCCCUGGAGUACAUGAUCACUGGACGUUACCUGGGAGAAAUCAUCCGACUUAUAAUUGUGGAGGCGGUGGAAGCUGCGCAGUUGUUCGGGGGAGAGCUGCCCCAUUCAAUGCGCGAUGCCUACUCGUUUGAUACCAGCAUUGUCGCAUCCCUAGAGGCGGACACGUCCCCGCUUCUGGCAUCAUCGGCGGCGCUCCUUCAGAAAGAGCAUUCGUUCACCGUCCCUCCAUCCGUUGAAGAUUUGCGGUUCCUUCGACGAGUGUGCCAGACGGUUUCCAAGCGAGCUGCCGGAUAUUUGGCAACAGCAAUUCACAGCAUGUGGUGCUUGCGGAAUGAGGUGGAAUUCCCCAUUGCGGUCACUUCGGCACCGCCGUCGAUCAAGGAGUCUCAGGAGGUGACCGUGGUGGAAAGCGAAGGAAAUCCCCUGAGUUUGUCAAUCGCGUGCGAUGGCAGCGUAAUCAACAAAUACCCUGGUUUCCGAGAUCGGUGCCAGGCGUAUCUGAACGACCUCGCCAAGGAGACCCAUGUGUCGCCGGCAUCCCUUGAUGCAGCCACUGAACCGAGCGUUCGCCUCGACCCGGCACCGGAAAGUGCUAUCUUGGGAGCCGCGGUGGCAGUUGCGGUGGCAGUUGCGGAGAAAAAGCUCGAGUAGACUACAUUCUCUUGCGCAUCUACUCGGCAUGUCAGCUACAUUUGCAUUCAAGGUGUUUCGCGUCUGGUUUACAUUUCAUUCGCCCGCUUUUCGCGCUUGGUUUGGACACUGGCAUUUCUGAUUUCAUUUCAUUUCCUUUUUUUUUUUUUUCUUCGCGGAGGCUUUCCCUGGACGGCCAGGCUCUCGCAUCGUGCUUCC